UGAAGUUUUGUCAUCCGAAAUCAUCUCUUCGUGCGAUCUCUCUCUGUCACCUUCGCGACUAAGAAACCUUAGGUUUGCUUAAGCUUGCAGAGACAAUGGAGAUGAUUCAGUCCAAUCUGAUUGUUCCUCUCUUUCUAUCGCUUUGUUUGAUGGUUGCUUUGACACGAGCAACAGAUGUCAAGUACUGCGAUAAGAACACUGAGUAUAAGGUUAAAGUGAAAGGAGUAGAGAUUUCUCCAGAUCCAGUGGAAAGAGGAGAAUCAGCUUCUUUCAGCAUAUCUGCUACUACAGAUGAAGCAAUCUCUAGAGGAAAAUUAGUGAUUGAAGUUUCAUAUUUUGGGUGGCACAUCCACAGCGAGACUCACAACCUCUGUGCGGAGACAUCUUGUCCUGUUUCAAUUGGGGAUUUUGUUGUUUAUCAUUCACAAUUGGUACCCGGAUACACACCACCUGGUUCGUACUCCCUCAAAAUGAAGAUAUAUGACGGAAACAAAAGUGAGCUUACUUGCAUUGCCUUUGAUUUUGCAAUCGGGUUUGCAUAUCUGUGGCUGCUAGUUAAGUGCUACGAAAGAAGUUAUCGGCUAUUGAUAAAUGGUUUGUAUCUACAGUUCAUACCUUGUACCUUCUCCCAGCUUUGCUGGAAUAUCUGCUGUCCAUGUUGGUAUUAUUCCCAGCAACAUGUUGCUGGAUAUAUCUUAAACGUCCUCAGUACAUGACUCUCAUGAGGAUCUGUAAAUGCCUAUUCUGUUUUCAAUGAUAUUUCUGGAUUACAAGAUUGCAGUCA